CCCGGCAGCCCAGAUGUGCUCAGAGCCACGCCGAUAGCAUUCUUAUUUUGUUUUUUUUAAUCUGCAAACAGAGGAGAGGCACGGCCCAGCCCGGGGCGCAGUGAAGAGCCGGGAGGCUGCGGCACAGCCCUGGCACAGCCAUGGGGCAGAAGUGCAUGGACAGGUUGUCCUCCUUCCUCUUCGAGUAUGACACCCCUCGGAUGGUGCUGGUGAGGAACAAGAAGGUGGGACUGACCUUCCGGCUGAUCCAGCUCAUUGUCCUGGCGUACAUCAUCGGGUGGGUGUUCCUCUACGAGAAGGGCUACCAGUCUCAGGACAGCAUCGUCAGCUCGGUCUCCGUGAAGUUGAAAGGGCUGACACUGACCAACGAGAGUGUCCUGGGUCCUCACAUCUGGGAUGUGGUGGACUAUGUGUUCCCACCCCAGGGGGACAACUCGUUUGUGGUGAUGACCAACUUCAUUGUCACUCCUGGACAGAAACAAGGAACCUGCCCAGAGCUGCCAGAUGCUGGGCUGUGCUCACAGGACAGCGACUGCAGCAAAGGGAAAUACAGCCGCCAGGGACAAGGGCUCAUGACUGGCAAGUGUGUACGUUUCAACAGCACUGUGAAGACCUGUGAGAUCUUUGGCUGGUGCCCUGUUGAAGUUGAUUACCAUGUUCCCAGCCCUGCCCUGCUGUCAGAAGCAGAGAAGUUCACCUUGUUCAUCAAGAACAGUAUCACCUUCCCCAAGUUCAAGGUGUCCAGGCGCAACUUGGUUGAGAGCGUUACCAAGCAGUACCUGAAGAAAUGUACCUAUCACAAAGUCACUGAUUCCUUAUGUCCUGUGUUUGAACUGGGAUAUAUAGUGAAGGAAUCGGGUCAGAAUUUUACCUUCCUGGCUGUUAAGGGUGGAGUGGUGGGCAUCACCAUAGACUGGAACUGUGACCUCGACUGGCCCCUGCGGUACUGCAAACCCAUUUACCAGUUCCAUGGCCUUUACAACGAUGACAGCAAUGUUUCACCAGGGUUCAACUUCAGAUAUGCCAAAUACUACAAAGAAGAUGGGAUGGAAAAAAGGACACUCUACAAGGUGUUUGGGAUCCGGCUGGACAUUCUGGUGAAUGGCAAGGCAGGCAAAUUUGACAUCAUCCCGACCAUGACCACAAUUGGCUCUGGAAUUGGUAUUUUUGGAGUGGCCUCUGUCCUCUGUGACCUGCUCCUGCUGCAUUUUCUCCACGGACGAGACUAUUACAAGCAGAAGAAAUUCAAAUAUGCAGAACAGGAGCCUUCGAAGUCACAUAAGAAGGAAAAGAAGCCAGACAACACACAGUGAGAGCAGAAUCCACACUGACUGACAAACCUGCACGCCUCUUCCUCCUCCUCCUCUUCUCUCAAAACUCAGUCGCCAUCCCAUCACCUCCCUGGGCCAGCCCCAGACCAGCAGAAGCAGCGUCAGCAGCAGCUCAUGGGAGGUGGUGCCCUGCAGCCAGGCAGGGGCUGGCUGGCCCAGCACACAGCCUGUGGUGGGACAUGCCAUGAUGCUGUGGAUGGGUCAGACUAAGGGAUCUUGUGGCCCUCUGCCAGCCCUGCUGCAGGACACUGGGUCUGCUGCCUUUGCAGGCCCUUCAGAAGGGCUCACACUGCACCUGCCUGGUGUGCCAGGGCCGUGCCAGGGCGCUGGCACCUGAAGACCCUGGGGACAGCACAGCUGCCUCUUCUGCCCCAGAAGCACCGUUGGACAGUUCCAAAUUGAGAAGGGGAAGGAAGGAGAGCUGGCAGGAACCAUGCCCAGCCCUCUGCCUGGGAGAAAAAUGGUUAUUUUGUAAGGAUGUAUUUUAUUAAAAAAAUAAACUUUUAG